GACAGAUUUAGGGGCUGUGGCAGAGCCCCAGGCCUAGAGCACGAUGUCGUCGGAGGCAACAGGAGGGCUGGAAGAGCCCGAGAACCUCUCCUAUGAAGAUCUGGAAGAAGAGGACAGUGGCAGCCCCACGGACUUGUCAGAGCUGUUGAAGGAAGGGACCAAAGAGCUGCACGACCGGGCAGAGAACACGCCGUUCGUCAAAGACUUCCUGAAAGGGAAAAUCAAGAGGCAGCUCUUCAAGCUGGGGACAGCAGCUCUCUACCACACGUACUCUGCUCUCGAGGAGGAGAUGGAGCGCAACAAGGACCACCCGGCGUUCAUGCCUCUCUAUUUCCCCCUCGAGCUGCACCGGAAGGAGGCCCUGGAGAAAGACCUGGAGUAUUUCUACGGGGAAGGCUGGCGGGGCAAGAUCCAUUGCUCAGAGGCGGCUCAGCGCUACGUGGACCGGAUCCAUCACGUCGGGCAGCACGAGCCGGAGCUGCUGGUGGCCCACGCCUACACCCGCUACAUGGGGGACCUCUCCGGGGGGCAGGUGCUGAAGAAGGUGGCCCAGCGAGCGCUGAAGCUGCCCAGCACCGGUGAAGGGGUCCAGUUCUACGCCUUUGAAAACAUUUCCAACCCCCAGCAGUUCAAGCAGUUCUACCGAGCCCGGCUGAAUGCCCUGGACUUGGAUGAGGGGACCAAAGAGCGCAUCGUCCAGGAGGCGAACAAGGCCUUCGAGUUCAACGUGCAGGUUUUCGAUGAACUGGACAAGAUCGGGGCGCUGCUAACGGAAGAGGUCCAGGAGGACCCCCUCGCCCUGCACGACGGGAGAGGAGACCCGCGCAGGUGUCCCUACUACGCUGCCAAGCUCGGUGGCAGUGAGGGCUCCGGCUGCCCCUGCCAUCUCACCGUGGCCAUGUUGAGGCAGCCCCCUGUCCAGCUGGUGCUUGCUGCCUGCCUGGCCCUCUUGGCGGGAGUGGCGGCCUGGUACGUGAUGUGAGGCAGUGCCCCUGGUGGCCGAGGAAGAGGAGAUUGCGCUCGCCUGGCAGGACUCGCUGCCUUCCUUCCCUCCUUCCCUCCCGCAGGGGGAGGAGCCAUUAAAAACCCCAUGCACAACAAACGAGCACUGCCUCUUGCAUCUGAGGAAGGUACCACCCCCCACCCUCACCCCCGCAAUGGUUAGCUAGUGACUGGGGCCCCGGGCGGCUGCUGCCCACUGGGACGAGCCCCGGCCUGUCUUCCUCUCUUGGCUCAGGCCACGGCGGAGGCAGCGCUCUGCUGGUGGGGGCGAGGGGACGCAGCCCCCCAUCCCUGGCUUAGGCUGCCCUGGGUGGCUGCAGAAUCCUGCCCGGGGAAGGUUCCCAGCGCCAGCCUUCAGGGCCAGGUGAGGAGACUGAGGGGCGGAGAGAGCCUGACCGCUGAGCUGUCAUGUAACUGAUGGAUUGUGAUGGGGCCUCUGCACAAUAAAGCUCAUUAUCUG